CGUGCCUUUUCAGUUUUGUUCUUGGAGUCAUCGCGUUUAGUUAAUUUUAAAAUUGCAAUUCGCGUUCAGUGGAAAACUUUCAGAGUGCCUAAAUAGAAAAUCACAAAAACAAAUUUGUAAAUUCAUUCUUUUGGAAUUUCGCAUCGCGACAAAGAAGUGUCUAGCGUUUAACUAAAUCCAAAUUAAACUAGGUAAACGUACCACAAUCACAACAGACAAGUACGCAUACAUUGCUGAGUAUUUGAAUACAUUGAGAAUAAAACUAUUGCGAAUCCGACAUAUUGAGUGCAAAAACAUAUUGAGUGAAAAGUUACCUUAAAACGCUCAUAUUUUACAAAAAAGUGUGCAAUAAUUUGAAAUCAAAAACCAGAUCGAGUUAAAAACCUCAAGAACCUUAUAAGUUAAGUGUGGCUACUGAAUUUUUUCAAGCCAUCUGAAAUCUAACAUAAGGAUCGCAAAUUAAAUAAGUUCAAACUUUUUUUGUAAUAAAAAUCAGAAACCAGCUUCAAAAUGAGUCUGUGCGAUGCUAACGUCCUUACCAUUCAACCUACGCCCCAACAACAACAUCAAAGUACACAAAGCAUAGCCGAUUAUUUGGCCCAAUUGCUGAAGGAUCGCAAACAAAUGGCAGCAUUUCCAAAUGUCUUUAAUCAUGUUGAACGUCUUCUCGAUGAAGAAAUUGCGCGAGUACGUGCUUCACUAUUUCAAAUUAAUGGCGUCAAAAAGGAACCACUCACGCUGCCAGAACCUGAAGGCGCCCCCGUACAGUUAAAUGAGAAAGUCUAUGUCCCAGUGCGAGAACAUCCAGAUUUCAAUUUUGUUGGCAGAAUUUUGGGUCCACGUGGCAUGACAGCUAAGCAAUUGGAACAAGAGACUGGUUGUAAAAUAAUGGUUCGAGGCAAAGGCUCGAUGAGAGAUAAAAAGAAGGAGGAUGCAAAUCGUGGCAAACCUAACUGGGAGCACUUGUCCGAUGAUCUGCAUGUAUUGAUCACUGUGGAGGAUACAGAGAAUCGUGCCAAAGUCAAAUUAGCGCAGGCGGUCGGCGAAGUUCAAAAGCUUCUCGUACCGCAAGCUGAAGGCGAAGAUGAACUUAAAAAACGUCAACUCAUGGAAUUAGCUAUAAUUAAUGGCACUUAUAGGGAUACGUCUGCGAAAAAUGCUAUUCCAGCCUGCGAGGAGGAAUGGCGCCGUGUGAUUGCUGCAUCGGCUGAGAGUCGCCUACUUGCGCCAGCACUACCUGGCUUGGCACAACAGAUACGCGCCCCUCAAGCCACCACCCUGGGCGCUCCGUUGAUACUUUCGCAACGCAUGACCGUGCCCACGACAGCGGCGAGCAUACUGUCCGGCCAAGCUGCGCCCGCUGCCUUCGAGAAUCCUGCACAUGGCAUGAUAUUCGCACCAUACGGCGAUUAUGCGAAUUAUGCUGCACUCGCUGGCAAUCCUUUGCUGACGGAAUACGCAGAUCAUAGCGCUCUACUUUAUUUUCGUGAGCAUACUUUCUCCCCGUCACAUUUUUCCAAAUAGUGCCAUUGUUUUAACACAUAAAGAGAAGGCGGAGAUAGAAUCUCAGUUUUGCAUACAUACGCACAUAUUUGUAUGCAAAUUUAAUAUUUAUAGUUUACAUAUUAUACUUCUUAUAGUUAAGGAGUUUUACAUUAAAAACUAGUAAUUUAGUAUUUUUCUAGUUUUACACUUAAAAUGGCGUCGAAUCACAAUGGUGCUACAUAAAAACGUAUAUAUACUAUAGUUACUCAUUAUAGCCUAAAGCUUUCGAAAAAUGGAGAUUUUUUUUUGUUAUUUAGAAGCUUUCACCUUAAAGUCUACGAGCUUUCACAAGUUUAGUCUAUGUAUUAUAAGAAGGAAGCUUUGGCGUUCAGAGUAUUGUUGUUUUUUCUUAUAACUAAAGAAUUGAAUAGUUUUGAUAAAAACUGGAUAGCGCCCUAUUUAUUACUUACUAUAUUCAAUAUAUGCAUGUGUAGACAUUUAUAUACAUAGACAUACAUACAUAUAUUCUCAAUUUUAAUAUUGCUUACACAUACACAUAAAAUAUCUGUAUUGUUCUGUAAUGAAUUGUAUAAAACGCAAGCAGCUCACCGAUAUCCGUCCAAAUAAGUAAGUUUCCUAGUCAAAGUUAAUUACUACACAAAACAAUAGGAGUAACGCCAUAGAUGUAAAAAUAAAAUGCAGUACAUAAACAAUUAUAAUUGGUUGCAAAGGAAAGUGAAAACAUAUUGCUGACUACAACCGAGGCAACCUUUGCAGUAACCAACAUAAAAUAUACAAAUGUUUUGAAACAUAUUUCAGGCGAUGGUGGCGGCAACGCGAUGUCAAUGAGAAACUACAUAGACUACUAUGAACAUACACAAUUUGGUAUCAACUUUGGUAGCUUCAGCUGUUGUCAAACAGAAAACUCGAACUUACAAAUGAUUAGCUUCUUAGUCAUGUAAAUGCAUUAUCUAUGGUUAUCCGUUCACUUUUUUUAAUAUAAAUUUUUUAGUAUCUUUGAGAUUGAAUUUUAGUGUUUUUUUUUUUAAAUUUUCAAACUUAGAUCAGGUAUUUCUAAAAACAGGAUUGCAAUUAGUGCUAAGGUAUUUUUUAUGAGACAUACUUAGUGGUAGUUUUAAGUUUGGUUAACUGGAAAUCACUUAUUGGUUGAAGUUGGCCGCAGAGAAAAAAUUAGCACAAGAUAGUAUAUUUUUAAAAUAAAUAACUUUUUAUAUUUACACGCAUAAAUACUUACAUCAAACAGAUAGUGCAUAUACGAUUCAUUCCAAAGAAUACAUAAGUAUAUAAAAAAUCUUAAAUGGUUUUAUAUUUAAAAAAUUUUUUUUUUUCUUACCGUCAAACUAAAACUCAUAAUUACCCCUUUUGGCUGUUUAUAAAAAAAAAUUAAUUAGAACCUUCUACUAAACGAAAUUAGCCCAGUGAAUUUUUUUUAUCACACUGAAAAGCCUUAGAUGCAACGCAGCUGAUCGCUUCUUAAUUUAGAAACGUAGCUUUUUUUAUAGAAAAGUCUGUAGAGCUUUUCCCAAAUUUUUUUGUUGUUAGAUAUACAUAAAAUUUAUUUUUAAAUACGUAGCGCACAAUCGAUUGUAUGUAUGUAUACCUCUUUUCUGAUAACGAGAAAUUAUUUUUAUAUGAGUAUGAAGUACACAUGUACAAAUGUACAUACAUACGUACAUAUUAUGUAGGUAUGCAUAUCUAUAAACACUAUUACAAGAAGUAUAUUAUUAAUUAAUAAAAACAAACUCUAUGCU